AUGACAGGAAGACGAGUCUCUACGAGUCCUUGCUGUUGGAGGUGCAGUUUCAGAAACCUAGCGGUAAGAUGUAACUAUUUUCUUGCACCCAAGGUGCUAGUAUGUUUAUGGUAGUUUUGCUCUGGUUUCUUUCAAAGGGUUUCUUCAAGACAAAUGUCAAUGAUUUUCUAAAGCUUUGCUCUUAUUCAGGAGAUGUCUGUGAAGAGACUGAGCGUAACAUCAUGGACAUCACAUUUCAACGCCAAAUGGAAGGUGGGGAGAAAUUAAGCUCAAUGACUCUUUUAAUGUAGAAUAUUCCCUUGAUUUUUCUCUUUCUCACAGAUGAAAAGUCACAUUGCUACUUUCGCCUUGUGCACAACCUGCUAUGCCAGUACAUUGGCAGUGAAACCACUUGGAUCAAGAAGUACCCGACCAGUCGAUACAUUCCCACGGUAAGUGUGGGUCUUGGUUAAACAUUUAUUAAGGAGGAUACACACUAAGGUCCAGAAAGAGGGUUGGUGUUUUAAGUGUAUCUCCCAGAAUCACCUUUUUAUGUCCACAGAGGUUCUGUUUUGGCGCUAUAAUAUGUCUCUUUCUCCAGCUGCUGCAUGAUGUGGGUCUGGUGGUGAGCCGCUGUCGCCUCCUGGGAGAAGAGAUUAAUCUGAUGAAGAAGUGGGGGUGCUCUGAGGCUGGACAUCCUGGACAUCAGCUGUGUGGACACACGGUAAGAUCACACACCUUACUGUAGAAAUAGAACUCAUAGAAAGGACAUGUACCCUCAUAUCAGACCACCAGAGAAUGUUGACUGGAAUGGGACUGACUGUUAAAAUGUGUGUGUGUGUAUGUGUAUAUAUAUGUAUGUGUGUAUAUAUAUAUAUAUAUAUAUAUAUAUAUAUAUACACACACAAUAGAUAUAUGAAUGCAAAACAACAUUUUUCUUCUUUAUUUCAGAGUUCGAAUCCUGUUCUCCAGUCUCAAGACAUUUACCAAGUUUGAGAUUACCGUAGAUGUUACCUCCGCCUACCCCUUCUGUCUCCUCCUUCAUGUGCAGAACUUCCAAAAUCACAUUGGAAACACAACGUAAGACUUAAGGUUUAUCUUCUCACGCACACACCUGUUUCUAGGCAAUUGGUUGUACUUUGUUGCAACAGGGCACCUUAAACAACUGUAACACUAAUUUCAUUGUUUCUAUACAGGAAAGACCAGAGGACAUUGUAUCAUCAGUAACACCAGCCAAGAACCACUUGAUCAAGAUCGUCAAGCGGUCCAUGAAUGUCUGCUGUGAGACCAGCUCCAGUCAAUAGUUGUGCUACAUUCCAUGUAGUGAAUGAAAAAUAUGUAUACUGAACAAAAAUACAGAGUUACAGUUCAUAUAAGGAAAUCAGUCAAUUGAAAUAAAUAAAUGAGGCCCUAAUCUAUGGAUUUCACAUGACUGGGCAGGGGUGCAGCCAUGGGUGGGCCGGGGAGGGCAUAGGCCCACCCACUGGGCAGCCAGGCCCAGCCAAUCAGAAUUAGUUUUUCCCCAGGCAUAGGUCCCCCCACCCCUCUUCAGACGAUAUGCCAGACCUGUGGAUUAUCUGGGCAAAGGAGAAAUGCUCACUAAUAGGGUUUUAAACAAAUUUGGCACAACAUUUCAGAAAAGCUUUUUGUACGUUUGGAACAUUUCUGGGAUUUUUUAUUUCAGCUCAUGAAACAUGGGACCAACACUUUACAUGUUGCAUAUAUAUUUUUGUUCAGUGUAUAUGUUUUUCAGUUCCAUUUAUUAAUACUGUUCAAUACCCCAUUGUCUUCUAUGUGAUAGUUUUAAAUGUCUACUGUAAGUUUUGAUAAUGAUUGUAUCAUUUUUGUUUAAGGGAUAAAUAGUUGUCUUGUGUUGUAAAAGUUGGCAAUUGCAUAUCACCUUUUAUGUAUUGCCUCUAGCAAAACUAUAGAGAGAAUGACAUUGACAACUGGAAAAAAGCUUGAAUAACAAAAAUAGUCUUAAUUGUCAAUCAUUAUUAAAAUGUUAAUACAACUUUUACCCAUGUUUUCUCUUCCGUAGGAUAACAAUUUUAUGGUAGACCAGUGUCUGUAAAGUUGGCUCCUCAUUACCCUUUCUGUGAACAUGGGGGAAACAGAUCAAGUUAUAUUGUUUUGACGAUCAUAUCUGGCCAUCAUACCGACAUGAUUUCAUAGAAUGGAAAGUCAACAGUAUCAUUACAUUGACAUACUGGUAUGCUCAUAUGGCUGCAUCUCAGUAGUCCUCUCAUUGUCUCCUUCCCUUAAUCUUCUCUGAUUUGUAAUGAGUAGGACUAGCUAUAAUAGUGCGCCCUGCCCACUGAAUUUUGCUUGCUUCCAUAUACUCUGUAUUUUUCCAGAUCAGUGCAGAGAAAGAUUUCUAAAUGGUGCAGAUCAAGGGAAUGAAACAAGGUGAGGAAGUUGAUUUAGAGAUGCAACCCAACCAUUGACGUAUAAAAGAACCCAACACUUCUCAAUCCUAGCCCGAAGAGAGGGGGGGGGAGGGUAGGGGGCGAGCACGCCCCCAUCCACAUCAACGGGGCUGCAGUGGAGCAGGUCGAGUGCUUCAAGUUCCUCGGUGUCCAAAUCGCUAAAGACUUAAAAUGGUCCAAAUGCGCACAGUCGUGAAGAAGACGCGACAGCGCCUCUUCCCCCUCAGGAGUUUGGCAUGGGCCCUCAAAUCCUCAAAAGUUAUACAGCUGUACCAUUGGGAGCAUCUUGACUGGCUGCAUCGCUGCCUCGAUCGCAUGGCGCUACAGAGGGUGGUGCGGACAGCCCAGUACAUCACUGGGGCCGAGCUCCCUGCCAUCCAGGACCUCUACAUGACCAGAAGUAUGUGGACACCUGCUCGUCGAACAUCUCAUUCCAAAAUCAUUACAUUUAUAUUUUAGUCAUUUAGCAGACACUCUUAUCCAGAGCGACUUACAGUUAGUGAGUGCAUACAUUUUUCAUACUGGCCCCCCGUGGGAAUCGAACCCACAACCCUGGCAUUGCAAGCGCCAUGCUCUACCAACUGAGCUACAGGAGGCCUAAAAUCAUCAGCAUUAAUAUGGAGUUGGUCCCCCCUUUGCUGCUAUAACAGCCUCCACUAUUCUGGGAAGGCUUUCCACUAGAUAUUGGAACAUUGCUGCGGGGACUUCCUUCCAUUCAGCCACAAGCAUUAGUAGGUCGUGCACUGAUGUUGGGCGAUUAGGCCUGGCUUGCAGUCGGCGUUCCAAUUCAUCGCAAAGGUGUUCGAUGGAGUUGAGGUCAGGACUCUGCAGGCCAGUCAAGUUUCUCCACACCGAUCUCGACAAACCAUUUCUGUAUGGACCUCGCUUUGUGCACAGGGGCAUUGUCAUGCUGAAACAGGAAAGGGCCUUCCCCAAACUGUUGCCACAAAGCUGUUCCCUUCACUGGAAAUAAGGGGCCUAGCCCGAACCAUGAAAAACAGCCCCAGACCAUUAUUCCUCCUCCACCAAACUUUACAAUUGGCACUAUGCAUUGGGGCAGGAAGCGUUCUCCUGUCAUCCGCCAAACCCAGAUUUGUCCGUCGGACUGCCAGAUGGUGAAGCUUGAUUCAUCACUCCAGAGAACGCGUUUCCACUGCUCCAGAGUCCAAUGGCGGCGAGUUUUACACCACUCCAGUCAACGCUUGGCAUUGCACAUGGUGAUCUUAGGCUUGUGUGCAGCUGCUCGGCCAUGGAAACCCAUUUCAUGAAGCUCCCGACUAACCGCUCUUGUGCUGACGUUGCUUCCAGAGGCAGUUUGGAACUCGGGAGUGAGUGUUGCAACCAAGGACAGACGUUUUUUACGCGCUUCAGCACUCGCCGGUCCUGUUCUGUGAGCUUGUGUGGCCUACCACUUCGUGGCUGAGCCGUUGUUGCUUCUACUAGAUGUUUCCACUUCACAAUAACAGCACUUACAGUUGACCGGGGCAGCUCUAGCAGGGCAGAAAUUUGACAUACUGACUUGUUGGAAAGGUGGCAUCCUAUGACGGUGCUACGUUGAAAGUCAUUGAGCUCUUCAGUAAGGCCAUUCUACUGCCAAUGUUUGUCUAUGGAGAUUGCAUGGCUGUGUGCUCCAUUUUAUACACCUGUCAGCAACGGGUGUGGCUGAAAUAGCCAAAUCAACUCAUUACUUUUGUAUAUAUAAUGUAUAUCAGGCCCGGAAAAUCGUUAAAGACCCCAACCACCCAAGCCAUAGACUGUUCUCUCUGCUUCUGCACGGCAAGCAGUACCGGUGCAUAAAGUCUGACACCAACAGGCUUUUGAAUAGCUUCUAUCCCCAAGCAAUACCACUGCUAAAUAGCUAACAAAAUAGCUACCCGGACUAUCUGAGUUAACCUUGUAUCUUUAUGCUCACUCACAGGGCCCUACACACUCACACACACACUCACUCCAUCAUCUUCUCACUCAUACAGAAUAUGCUCAGUUGGUAGAGCAUGGCGUUUCGAUUCCCACGAGGGGCCAGUAUGAAAAUGUAUGCACUCACUAACUGUAAGUCGCUCUGGAUAAGAGUGUCUGCUAAAGUGUCAAAAGAAUAAUGUACAUUUAUACUGACGCUACACACACGCACACUCACUCACAUACAAGCUGCUGCUACUCUGUUUAUCUUAUAUAUUGUUGCCUAGUCACCUUAACCUUAUACAUAUCUACCUCCAUCACUCCAGUGUCCAUGCACAUUGUAAAUAUGGUAUUGGAACUGACCCUGUAUAUAGUAUGCUAUACUUAAUUGUAUUCUUCAUAUUUCUUUGUAUUUCGUGUGUUUUGUCAAGUAUUAAAUUGUUAUUGAUUAUUGCAUUGUUGGGUUUUGAGUAUGCAAGAAAGGCAUUUCACUGUACUUGUGUAUGUGACAUUAAAAACUUGAAAAAUUAAAUUUGAAAUAAAGACAGGCAGAUAUUGAGUCAUAAGAGUGCUGAGAUAAAACGACUCAAGGUCGCCAUCUGCCGGCCUUUGGGCUAGUCCAAUCUCAGUGCUCCAGAUGAACUGUCUGUAUACUCUGAACUGUUGCCAAUAGUAGUUGCCCUCCAGUGGGUGGAGGACGUUCAACCUGUUAGAAUUGAAUUAUGCUCAGAUUCUAUUGAGUAGUUUGUCAUCUGGCAAAUCUUAAUAGGAGUCAUAAAUUUUUUGAGGCAUUAAUGCUAUUAUGGAGAAUCGUUAGACUGGGAGUAGUAGUGCGAUUCUGCUUGGUCCCAGCCCACUCGGGUGUGGGAGUGAAUUAAAUUGUAGACCAGAUAGCCAAAAGGGCUUUAACACAAGUUAAAAUUGAUAUUCAUGUUCCACUGGGUAGAGGUGAGGCCAAAUGUAAGAUCAGAGCCAUUUUGAUAGAUGUGUGGCAGAAGAAGUGGGACUCCGAGCCCAAGGGCUGGCAUUUAUAUGCCCCCCAAAGAAAGGUUGGUGGACCAAGAUUCAAAGGUCAGUUUAGGAAGGAAGAGGUGAUGUUUGCUCGGUUGCGCCAAGGACAUUUUUCAUUUAACGUGUCUUUACAUUUGGUUGGCAAGCAUGUGAAUGGUUUCUGUCCGGCCGGCGUGUAUGGUUGAUGAAACGGUGGAGCAUGUGCUGUUGUAUUGUUGUAUGUGGAAGAGAGGGAAAGAUGAAUGUGUAGGGUUAUUGGGGUUGGAAGGGUUUUGGGGGAUGGGGGAGGGUUUGUUAGAAGUUAAUAGGGCUCUUUUUUUUCUUCUUUGUAGUGCAGGAUUAGGCAGGAGUAG